AUGAGCAGUGAGCAUGGCGACCGGCAGAGCAAUGAUCAACCCAACCCAACUCUGACAGCUAAGCUGGGCGCGCGAAAGAAGAUCCGCCCCACUUAUUCAUGCUUAAACUGCCACAAACGCAAAGUCAAGUGCGACCGGGUGAAACCAUGUGGCGCGUGCUGUCUUCGGGGGACGCCCUCGGAAUGCGAAUAUGGCACCAGCAAAAAGGACCGACACUAUAUCGAACAAUCGGCCCUGAUCGAGAACCUUAUGCAAACAUGCGAGAGCCUCAAGCGGCAGCUCGCUGAGGCCCGUCAAUUGGCCAACCUACCCCCUGUAAAAGCUGAAGAAACCGGCAGUAGCUCUUUAUAUCAAAUUAAACCCAAUGACAGCGACGAGGAAGAGCCAGGUGAGCAGGCAGCGCAUCCUGGACAGGCGCGGCGAGAUUCUCCCGACCCUUCAGGGGUGAGUACAGGGGAUAUUACCGGGUCGCAGAGAGAAUCUUCCCCUACGUCACUGUCGCGCCAAAAGGCGAUCUUAAACGAUCCGGCCCUUGCCUCCACCGUGAUGGAAUUGUUUGUCGACCGACUGAUACGUAAUUUCAGCCCCGACGACCAUCAGAAAUACGGCGGUACCAUCGCAUUACGCGAAGCAUCGGAUAUGCGUAUGAUCUCGCCCAUGCUGUGCAACGCUUUUGAGGCGACCGCGCUGACCUUUGCCGGUCGGCGCGACGGGAACCGGUCAGUCGAGCUAGCAGGACAUGCCAAAUAUGUCCGAACGCUUCGGCAGCUCCAAGCUGCCCUAUAUGACACCGAGGGGAACAAAUCUACCGAGGUCCUUGUAGUUGUAUUGUUGUCGACAAUUACAGAGCUCGGUGGCUUAGAGCUUCUCCGUACGCGGUCGGCUUAUCGACAUCGCUACGGAAUUGAGCGGUCUUUGUUCGUCGAUCUUCGGCUGUAUUGGGUCACGGCAGCACUGGUUCAUCGCAAACCGAGUUUCCUAGCGUCUAAAGACUGGUUGACUGUUCCCUGGGCGGGCGAUGCGCCGGCCAAGGAUAUCCUGCAGCAUCUCCUAGACAUUGCCGUAGAUAUCCCCGGUUAUCUUUCCCGGAUCGAUGAAUUCAGCGCCAUGGUAGAUAGAGCAGCGGUAUGCACGUUUGAGCUCACUGGGAUGCAGAGCUCCAUCUGGCAGCAAGCAACCGAGCUGCAGGCGCGCCUCAAUCUGUGGAAAGCCGCCUACGCCGACACGUAUCCCGCGGGCACCGCAUGGGAAGCGUACGACACCGAGUCCGCCGACGGCUUUCCUAUCUUCCAGUGUCGCAACACCAGCACCAUGUCUGUCACGGUCGCCAAGAUUCUGCACUAUCCCGAUAUCCUCCUGGCGACCUCGAUGUGUUUCUACUGGGCGUUGUCGCUAGUCGUCUCCAUGUCGGAUAGCGGGCUGGUCAGCGUGCUCGGCCCGCAACAGCGGUACCAAUUCGCAUGCGACAUCUGCCGCAGCAUGAAAUACUACAUCAACAACAUCCCGGGGUAUCUGAUGUCGCGGAUCAUGUUCGUCCUGCGCACGGCGUUCGACGCGUUCUCGCCGGGGAUGAUCGAGAAGGAAUUCAUCGCGGAGUUAUUCCAGUACAUCGGGCGCAAAUUGGAGUUUACAGUAUUUUCGAACAAGUGCGCAUCGUCGGCGGUUAAGAGCGAAUCUACAUGA